UACGUUAGCUUAACGGUGCCUCAUGGGAUACCCAUCGGCUGGCUUGUGAUCAUUUUUUCAACUUCGAUGACAUUUCUGGCUGGUAACGCUGAUUUGGUCGAGUAUUUGUAUGUUAAUAUUGGUGGGAGCGGACUGCAGAAGUAGUCUCCGUCAGUCCCAGAGCCCUCGGUUUGAGCAUGCUGAUCAUUAGGCUGUGAGAGUUACCCUUAGCAGCAGCCUUUUCAAGCAGAAUUAGUUAGUGAGUUGGUUGGAACAAGAUGUUUGUGGCGCUGCAAAACGAACGGGCGCCCCAGCAGCCCGGCCUGAGGAUAAUAUCGUCAUCUUCCGGAUCUUCGAGUUCUUCCUUCUUGAGGGGUUCACGAGUGGUUGAUGCAGCUGAGAAUAACCACGACCAUCACUACCAACAACAGCAGUUUAGCAAUGUCAUUGUAGAAGAUCAUGACGAUGAUCCGAUCAUGGAUGGUCGAUCCGAGGUGGGAGAUUGGUCUCAACAAGAACAGGAUCAGUUCAUAUCAUUAAUCUUGCCCUAUAUUCGUGGCAAGAAGUUAAGUCAAGAAGAAAUCCAGCUGAUACGAAUGGAGGCUCAGGAGGCUCAUCUACCGCCAGAGUGUGUAGAUCGGUUGAUUGAAGAAAGCCAAGAGCACUACCAGCAGCAGCAGAAUCAGCAAAAGCAGGUCGAAACCAAGCACAAGAAAAGAGAGUUUGACAACAUUGAAGAAGUCGACGAAUCAGACAAUAUCAUGGCAUACUUUUCUCGUAUGGCAUCGCUCAAGGAAGGCGGACAUUUCCCUCGGCUUAACACUGAAGCUAUAGGUAGCUUUGUGGAGGAAGAUGCUUUAGCAGAGGAGGUAGAAGUUGACCUCGAUGUGGGAUACGUCAACAAGAGUUUUAACAUGCCUUUGGAUACCAAUGUCAUCCGGCAAAUGAACACUUGGUCGGAUGAUGACGGCGAGUCGCAAAAUAUGUCUGAGGAUAGCGCUUUCAAUCGGUACAAUCCCAUGGGAUUCUCUGACGCAGCUUCGGAUGUCGUUCCUGAUACCUUUGAAACCGAGUUAGACGCCUUUCAAUCCUUAUUGGUGGGCGGUGCUUCCACGGAAAGGAAUGACCUAAGUAUCCCUGCCAAUGUGAGCCUCGACGAUAGCGGAAUAGUAAACAUGGGGGAUGCAGGAAAAGGAUCGAGAAGCGGCGAUAUGAGCAGCUCUCAGCGAUCUAAAAGCGGUGUUUCCAGCAGCAGUGAUUGGGAUCUAUCCUCAACUCAGAGUGGCAAAACAACCAUGUACGGCUACGGACUCGAGUUGGAUGAAUGGAAGCGAAAGAAAAACAUUGCACUGUGGCAGCCUGAAAGCAGCGCCAAAGCACUAGUAAAAAGGGGUCCUUUCUUUGCGUGUCAAACGCUGGCUCUGCAAGCUGUGGCAGACGAAUUGAACGGGCUUCUCUUUGUCCACCCCCCAAAUCGCCUUCAAAGUGCCAAAGCCGUGCAAAACAUGAUAGAGAGAACCAAAGAAAGUCGCAAGCGUCAAGAGGUAAUGGACCUGAUGCGACAUGUCCCCGAGGCAAACACAUCCAAUCCCAGACCAUGGCAGCUGCCGUAUAGGGAGCGCUGCAAAAACAGUGCAGGGUAUUUGGGUGUGGAUCAGUACUCACUGAUCGAUACUGCAUCAGCUUUGCGUGUCUUUGAUUCACGAGAUGUUUCGCCUUGGGAAUCUCGAGAUGUACUGCAACAUUUUCUAGACGAACAAAGCAUAAGCCUGACGCAUAAUUGGUUCGGCAACCUCAGGCGGAAACGAGGCAACGAUAAGAUCAAGUACAAGCCAGCGCGUCCAAGCUCCAUGCCAAUCCCAACUGAACCGUCUUUGCAAUCGGCCAGCGAAGAAAUGGACGAUUGGACCGAGGUGCUCAGCAAGGCAUCCAAAUCCUGGAAGGAUGAUGAGGUUAACAGAACUGCAUCAAUGUCCGUAAGUUCAGAGGAGUCAACUUCUCAGAGCUGCGACGAUGAAACCACGUCUCGAUUUGCAAGUACAAACAGAUCCGAACGAACACACUCUGUGACGUUUCGGUCGUCAGUUUUGACGUCGUCCCAGUCCACAACUGAAGCCAAAACCUACAACAGCAGCACCAUAGAUCAUGUCUCCAUGGCAACGGGAACAGAGACCAGUACCGGCACAAGCACGAGCUCUGGUUCAGGUUCGGGGCAAAGAUCAGGAGUCGCUUCUAUGAGUGUGGAUGAUGAUAUCGAGAGUACUGGUGUCAGCGAGAUCCUGGACGCGGAUGAUGACGAUGUAGAGAGCGCUGGUGUCAGUGCGAUUUUGGACGAUGACGGUUCGUCUUCCUCGUCCUCAGUGUCUCAAAGUAGAACAACUCGAGACCGAUAUUCGUCGUCCUUUUCGGAGGAAGAAUCAUCCACUAGGAGUGAAGACGACGACAGGAGCAACUCGGGUUCAGAGAGUAGCGGUAGCUUUUGCACAGAAGACAGCGAAUCCACCAGCAGUUGUAGCUGGGAGGAAGAAGUUCCAGAAUGUGGCGCGUUUGUCAACGUCAAGCCCAAGCUUGGAGAACGAGUGUCUCGCGUGGCCCCUGACUAUACAAGUCAUCUGCUGCGCAGUCGUUUCCGCAAAAAGUACCUUCCACGAGGGGGUAUCCUUGCAAUGAACAACAACACCAAGAAGAAGAACGCAGGCAACACCAAGAAGUAAAAAGAAAGUUCUAGUAACUAUGUACUGUGGCUAUUAGUUAGGGGGCGAUGCACACAUCGCGACUACAAUACAUCAUUAGGAAAAUCUCAAGCUAGCUAGAUGAUUGGAGCUGUACCCUUCCCCAACAAAGCCUUGUGAUCGAUU